AUGCUUCACUCGGCCAUUUACCGGAUUUUGCGAAUUUUCUUGGUCACUCUUGACUUCUGGUUCAACACCAAUCAGUCCUCCUUCCCCCCCAGCCAAGCCCAAAGGCGCGGUAAGCCCUCGCAAUCCAUUCCCCUCGAGAAUCCGACGCCCUCGACUAGUGCUCAACAACCCGAAAUGUCAUCUUCAGACAUAACCAAUCUGGAAAGCUGGGAGGAAAUCUACAAAGAGGAGUGCCUUAGUUUCAUGGCCGGUCUAGAGACACAAGCUCAGAUCCUGAGAGAUGACCCAGAAGGUCAAGGAGUAGAUCGUAUCAAGGCCGUCCGCAAAGAGCUAAUCUCACUUUCCCAUCAGGCAGAGCGAAUCAAGGAGGCUGCAUUUGAAAUGCUCGACGAGACCCCGGACAGUGUCUAUGUCCGCAACGCAACCCACGAGUGCCUCUCCUCCCGAUUUGGAGAUCCGCAGCUAGAACAGGUAUGUAUUAGCAUGGAAUACAGCUUGGAUCGACUAGCAUUUGAGCUUAGGUCGGACCCGUCAAUGGAUCUGUUGGUUGCCGGACAUGUUGAGCAAAUGACGGACGAUAUUGAGAUGGACUUUCUUUAG